AGAACCUCACUCUCCCAUUAACAUCAGAACCUCCACCAUCUGACACCAUGGUCAGCUCCUGUUGUGGCUCCGUCUGCUCUGACCAGAGCUGUGGUCGAAGUCUCUGCCAGGAAACCUGCUGCCGCCCCUGCUGCUGCCAGACCACCUGCUGCAGGACCACCUGCUGCCGCCCCAGCUGUGGUGUGUCCAGCUGCUGCCGCCCCGUCUGCUGCCAGCCCACCUGCCCUCGCCCCACCUGCUGCAUCUCUAGCUGCUACCGCCCCUCCUGCUGUGUUUCCAGCUGUGGGUCCAGCUGCUGCAGGCCCACCUGCUGCAUCUCCAGCUGCUGCAGGCGCCAGUGCUGCCAGCCCACCUGCUCUCACCCCACCUGCUGCAUCUCUAGCUGCUCCCACCCCUCCUGCUGUGGGUCCAGCUGUGGGUCCAGCUGUGGUUCCAGCUGCUGCAGGCCCACCUGCUGCAUCUCCAGCUGCUACCGCCCCUCCUGCUGUGGUUCCAGCUGUGGGUCCAGCUGCUGCAGGCCUACCUGCUGCAUCUCCAGCUGCUGCAGGCCCCAGUGCUGCCAGCCUGUGUGCUGCCAGCCCACCUGCUCCCGCAUCUCCAGCUGCUGCCGCCCCUCUUGCUGUGGCUCCGGCUGCUGCCUGCGCCCAGUGUGUGGCCGGGUCUCCUGCCACACCACUUGCUAUCGCCCCACCUGUGUCAUCUCCACCUGCCCCCGCCCCGUGUGCUGUCCCUCCUCUUGCUGCUGAAUCUCUGCUU